AUGGUGUUAUCGUCCCUCGCCGCAUGGAACUCAAGCAUCAGACAAGCCGCAAGCCAUGGCGACCCUCGAAAGGCCCUUCUCCUCCUUCGCCAAAUGAAACAACGACAAACCCCCGACAACUUGACUUUUCCCUUCAUCGCCAAAGCCUGUGCGAAGCUAGCAGACCUUAAGCUCUCGCAAAUGGUCCACGGGCACGUGGAAAAAACACCCCACAGUUCGGACAUAUACGUGCAGACGGCAAUGGUCGACAUGUACGUGAAAUGCACUCAUUUGGAAUGCGCACAUCAACUGUUUGAUGAAAUGCCCGUGAGGGACUUAGCUUCUUGGAACGCUAUUAUCUCGGGUUUCGCUCGAGAUGGAUAUUUGGAAAAGGUCUCCUUGUUAUUUAGGAGGAUGAGGCUCGAUGACGGUGUUGUGCCCGAUUCAGUUACGGUCAUGGGUUUGACCCGAUUGGCGUCAGGGAUGAAACAUGCCAUGUUUUUGCACUCUGUUCAUUGUUUCGGGUUGAAAUCCGGGUUUGAAAAGGAUGUUUCGGUUGCUAAUACUUUUAUAUCUGGUUAUGCAAAGUGCGGUGAGUUCCGCUCGGCGGAGAGGAUUUUUCUCGGCAUAGGUUCGGGUUCUCUUAGUGUCGUCUCGUGGAAUGCCGUAAUUGCGGGUUUUGCGUAUUUCGAGGAGUCGGACAAAGCCGUCCGGUUUUACUUAAAAAUGUUGAGGGAUGGGUACAAACCCGAUUUGAGUACGAUUCUUAAUUUGCUCUCGUCCUUUGCCCGUCCCGAAUUUUUGUCCCACGGUGUGGCCGUUCACGCGCACGUAGUGAAAUUAGGGUGUGAUGUGAACAUCCGCUUGCUUAACACGCUCGUCUCCAUGUACUCAAAGUGUGGAGAUAUUAACUCGGGUAGAUUUAUAUUCGAUCACAUGAGCGAGAGGUCGUGCGUGACGUGGACAGCUAUGAUUGGUGGGUAUUCGGAGAAAGGCGAUUUGGACGAAGCUCUCUCCUUAUUCCGUACCAUGGAAGCUUUCGAGGAAAAACCAGAUAUGGUUACCGUUAUCCAUCUUAUUGCGGCUUGUGGGAAAAUCGGGGCCCUCGAGGUGGGAAAAUGGGUGGACGAGUACACUGUUUUAAACGGGCUCAAGAAAAAUCUAAUGGUUCGUAACGCAUUGUUGGAUAUGUACUCGAAAUGCGGGAGCAUGGCGGAUGCUCUCGACAUUUUCCUCACGACUCCCGAGAAAAACGUCGUCUCGUGGACUGCUUUAAUCGCAGGGUAUGCACUGAACGGGGACUCUGAUACAGCACUAGCUCGUUUUCACGAGAUGAUAAGGUUGGGUUUGGAGCCGAACCGCGUAACUUUCGUGGCCGUCCUCCAAGCGUGCACUCACGCGGGUUUUCUCCAAAAGGGUUGGGAUAUUUUCAACUCGAUGACACGAGAUUACGGAAUUACCCCUGGAUUGGAUCACUACGCGUGCAUGACCGAUCUCCUCGGCCGUCGAGGCAAACUUCACGAGGCACUGGAGUUCAUUCGGCAUAUGCCUGUCGAGCCGGAUGCCGGGAUUUGGGGUGCUUUGCUGGCUGCAUGCAAGAUUCACAAAAACCUUGAGGUGGGGAAGCACGCAGCGAAUCAGCUCCUGCAGUUGGAGCCGGGGGGCGCAGCCCCCUACGUUGAGCUGGCGAGUUUGUACGCGUGGGAGAGAGAUUGGGGAGGGGUUUCUGGUGUUCGGAUGAGGAUGAAGAGUGAGGGAGUGGGGAAAUCGCCCGGGACUAGCAUGGUGCGUGUUGCGGGGAAGAGUUACUCGUUUACAGUGGAGGAUAGGGGCCGUUGGAUGGGGUGUGGGGUGUUUGAGACGUUGGAUGGUUUAGUUUUGCAGAUGAAAGAUGAAGGCGAUUGUUUUGUAGUGACGGGGGAAGUUUAG